AUGCAUCAGCGGCUACAGCAUCAAUCGAUCAUCGACGUCGAGGACGGGUCGAGCACCUCCAGGAGAUUGGGAGCCGUGUCGAGUGCGAGCCUCGGCCGGUUCUUCGUCGGGCCUGCGGAAUGUCCGUCUUCAAGGCCAGAGAUGAGCACGGCGACGCGCUCCUCGUCAUCAGGCCUGGACUGCACAUGGACUUGGGGCGUACCGCCUGGGCACCCGGAUGGAUCGGCGGAUGGGGCCGUCGAGUUCGCGGAAGUGACUGUCUCUGGCUCCAACUUCGGCUCCGCUUGGACCACGGGCGCGUUCAUCUCCUGGUUCAACGUGCCCGCCCUUUGCCUUGGCACGCGGCGCAUCAUGCAGCCGGGACCGGGGCCACCGGUAGGGCCGUUGGUGCCGCGGGAAGUGAUGGAUGCGCCCACGCCCAUCAUUUCUUAUUGGUACGUGGGUGAAAACAACUGGAACGUUUGCAUCCAACAGAUGGCGGAGACAUAUCGGAUGAUCACGGGGGACUUCAGUGGCCAAUGGAGUGAGGAACAACGUCUCAUUCAGGAGUCACGAGGCGAGAAAAUCAAAGACAAAAUCUAUCGGGAGACAGGCGGCCGCCUCGGGGAGGAAUAUAGCCCCAGCACGCGGACCGCCAAGGUGAAAGACAUCUUUCAGGAUCCGAAGUUUCCACCCAACAGCAAAUCCUGGUUCAAAGGUAACGAGGUACCGGACUAUAGCACCUUGCAGAAGCCGGCCAUGUGGCGAAGACUGCAGGAGAUGGUCAUGGACGCGCCAUAUCCCUUCAGUCAGCCUGGCAUCGUGCCGCGCGCCGGGCGCAUUUACCAAGGCAUGCUGGAGAACUUCUACCUAGUGGCUGGCAUGCAAGCGGUCGCAAUGAAACCUUGGUUGAUCGCCCAGAUCUUUGCGGACAUGAAGUUCUCCAACCCGUCCAUAGGAGUUUACAUCCUCCGUUUUUACAAGCACGGCCAAUGGCAUCAGGUGGUGAUCGAUGAUGCCAUCCCCUUCGAUUCGGCGAUGAAUCCCUUAACUGCGAGGACAGAGUUUUGGCCCUCCUUGCCAUGGCCGGCUCUGGUAGAGAAGGCUUACGCCAAGCUCCAUGGCAGCUGGGAAGGUCUCAGCGGUGGCGGUCAUGUCGAAGAGGUCAUGACGGACCUCACGGGCGGGUGCUCCACCCGCUUCGGAACAGCUGAUGUUGCGCAAGACCGACUGUGGCAAUACAUGUACUUCUUGCAAGACAUGUGCCUCUUUGGAUGCAACAUCAACGACAAGGAGUGCGCAAAGAGGAGAAUUCCCAUGGAGCAGCACUACGCUUCCGCCAUUUUUCGCUUGGCCAAACACGAGGGCGUGCCUUAUGUCUGCGUUUGCAUGUCAGCCCCGUUGAUGGCCGUGGCGCGAAUGCCUUCGUGUCGCGUUCCCAUGGCCGAAGGCUAUGGCGUUGCGGAGGGCUUUGUGUGGCUUCGGAUCGAUGAUUUCGUUCAGCUCUUUGAUACGGUUUAUGAGUGCCGCCUUGUGAACUCCAUCUCCAUGGGGAACUUGUCGCCGGCCUGGAUCCCGGGCGAGGCCUUUUUCGAGGAAAUCUACGCCUUCCAAGGUGAUGUUUACACAGAGACAUCACCCAGUUUUCUCAUGGAGAUCUUAGAUACGCCCAACGAGCUGAUCUUGGAAGUCACCCAAACAGACCUGCGCUACGGCGAUGCGCACGAGACCCCCGAGCUAUCACGCCCCAUGCAAGCGCCGUUGCUGUUGCGCUUCUUUCAGUGCAGCAAGGACGUGAGUGAUGCCGGUGGGGGCGAGGUCUAUAUGGUGCACAUGUCUGCCUGGGGCCACACCAGGGAUGCCAGUCUCAGCGUCAAGGUGAUGAGGCCUGGAAAAUAUCUGGCCAUGGUGUCCAUUCCAGCCAAGUACACCUGCCAUCGGAUGAUCUUCCGCUGCUACUCCACGCGGCCUUUGGUGAUGAAGCCCAUCACACAACAUCGCUCCUGGAUUUCGGUGAACCCAUCGAUGCCCUUGAAUGCCAUUCCAUACUCCCUAUGUGGCUUUCAACGAGUAGAUGCACUGAGCGAAAAACUGCCGCAGAUGUUCGAUGAAGCAGAAGGUCGUGGAAAACCCAUGGCCAAUGCCCAGUUGGACUUAUCUGGCUUCGGCAUCGGCCCCGGGCCCGGCUUACCUGGCCUGCCGGGCAUGCCCAACCUGCAGCUGCCGGGCAUGCCGAACCUGCAGCUGCCGGGCAUGCCCAAUGUGCACCUGCCGAACUUGCCAAAUAUCGGGAAGAUCCCGAACCCUCUCACGGGCUUGGAGGAUUUGUCCCUGGACCUACAAGGCUACAGCUACUCGGCGCAGAUGAACAACCCCGGGCGCCUGAAGGCCGUGGGCCAAUUCGGCGGCCAAGGCGCCGUCGCCAGCGUCAGUGCGGCCGAGGUGCAGGAUGCCAACUGCUGCAUCGCCUGA